UGAUAAACUUUUAUAAAACUCAUUUGAAAAAAUAUUAUAUUAUAGCAUAUUAUCCACAAAAAUCAAAAUAUACCGCCCAUUAUAAACGCUGGUACCUGUUAUUUAACGUAGUUUACUUGUUAAAAUGUUGCUGAGAGGUAGACAAAUUACGCUACUGUCUAGUCUAUGUUGGCGAACCGCUACCGCGCAAUUUAGAGGAAUGCAUAUUAAACGCGCGGAACUAUACAAGAAAUGCUUCCGUAUAUUGGGCGUUAAUGAAGCAGCCGAUCAGAACACUGUUCGUAAUGCUUAUAUCGAUCUGGUAAAGCGUGUACAUCCCGACUCUGGCCUACCAGAAGCCAGUGCUGAACGUUUUCAAGAAGUAGAUGAAGCAUUCAAAAUAUUGCAAGAAAAAUUUGCCAAAAAUCGACGUAAUAUACUUGAAGAUGAGGAAGAGGAAGUAUUUGAUAUAAAACAUACAGCACCACAACAUCGUCAAUAUCUAAGUUAUGACGGCAUUGGCGUUGGUAAUCCUUUUCAGAGGCAAAAACAAUACCAGCAGGUUAAAGCAAUGAAAGCGCAAGAACGCGUGCUCAGCCAUCGUAUUGAAAAAUCACAAGCUGGUGAACGCACAAUUAUGAAAAAAGGCACGUUUUAUAAGAAUCAUGCCAUCAAAACAAAGUACGGGUUUGAUCGUAUAUGUGAAGAUCUCAUACAAGAGGCUAUGGCAAAGGGUGACUUUGACAAUUUGAAGUGUGCUGGCAAACCUUUGAGUAGCGCGCAAACGCAAAAUCCAUAUUUAGAUUUUACAACGCACAAGUUGAAUAAAAUUCUGCUCGAUAACGGUUUCACACCUGAAUGGAUCACACUACAGCGCGAUAUACGCGAAGCAGUGGAAAAACUGAAGCAGGAGCUGCGUGCGGAACGUGCAUACUUUGGUGACUAUCCGUUUGAUGAAGAAGAGAAUCGCGCUUGGCAAGCAGUUUUGCAGCGUUAUAGCGAUGAUAUCAAAGAUAUUAACAAGAAUAUAGAUAAAUAUAAUCUUAUUGUGCCUAUACUGCAAAAUCAACUUUUCCGGUUAAAUAUGGCAAAAUUAUCUGAGCAAGUGAUUAGUGAUCCAGAAGCGCUCAAACACUUUAAAAAACAAAGAGAAACGCCGAAUGAAACUGCGAGUACGGGAAAUGCGACUAAAAACGACAUAUUUUCGUUUUUUGGUUCACUUUUUUGAACAUGUUAAAGAAAAAUGUUUUAUUUUUGUUGAAGGCACACAUUUUUUGUGUAUGUAUGUGAUUUUAAGCCGCUGUAGGCUGGCGUGAUAUGUUAAUAUUGUUCGUACAUUAUAAAUGAAUUAUAUAGAUAGUAUUUUCUUAAUUAAAAUUUUAUUUUAACCUA